UAUAAGGCCCGUCGAGUGGUUCUUUUGGGCAUCAGUAUCGGAAUUCGUCAUGCUCAAGUUGGUGCUCUGUUUUGUUCUACUCGCCGCCGGCGCAGGAUGGGCCUUCAACCACGGCCAGGAUUUAGCCGAUUUCGAAGCAUAUGUGGCCAAAUAUUCAAAGACCUACCCGACCGCAUCGGCGAGGUCCUUUGCCAACUACUACUUCAUCUAUAACCGCAACCAAGUGACGCAGAACAAUGCCCAGGCGGACAGGAAUCGCACCACCUACCGCGAGGCAGUGAACCAAUUCUCAGACAUACGCCUGGUCCAGUUCGCUGCACUGUUGCCCAAGGCCGUGUACCCCACCGUUUCGAAUGCAGUGCCUCCUGUAGCCACGCAGGCGCCGGCGGCCGAGUACGACAUCGUCGCGGACCUGGGCAUGACCAUUACGGUGGAGGACCAGGGCGUGAACUGCAGCAGCAGCUGGGCCUAUGCCGCGGCCAAGGCCGUGGAGAUCAUGAAUGCCGUUGGAUCUGGAAAUCUCUCCCCCCAAUCGCUGUCCGCUCAGCAGCUGAUCGACUGCGCUGGCAUGGGCGCCGGCUGCAGCACGCAGGCCCCGCAGUCGGCCUUCGACUACCUCACCCAGUACUCGCUUCUGUAUCCAUCCGAGGACUAUCCAAACACGCCAGCUCUCAAGCAGCAGGGGAUGUGCCUGCCAGCCCCGUCGGUGGGGGUGGGCGUCCAGCUGACCAGCUACUCGGUCCUGGCCGACGGCGACGAUACUGCCCUCAUGCGUUACGUGUCCAACGACAUACCCGUAGUGGUGGAGUACAAUCCGGCGACCUUCGGCUUCAUGCAGUACUCGAGCGGGGUCUACCAGCCGCCCACGCGACCCGCCACGGCCGCCAGUUCUCAGUUCCUGGUGGUGGUGGGCUACGGCUUCGAUGCCGCCACCAAUCUGAACUACUGGAAGUGCCUCAACUCCUUCGGCACGGGAUGGGGCGAGCAGGGCUACAUCAGGAUCGUGCGCAGCGCCAGCCAGCCGAUCACCAAGAAUGCCAUUUUUCCCAACUCGUAACUCGUCUCUCGUAACACGUUACGGUGGGUUGCCAGUUGAUUCAGAUAAUAAUCGACGUAGAUAUCGAAAUAAAGUUGAAUUUAAGAGCCAAUCGAAGCUAUUUGUUAUAGUUUGCAACUGUUCAAUCCAUUGCUUUAUUCGAUUUCCCUUUGUAUUUAGUUUAUUUAUUGAGUUUUCAUCUACAAGCGGAGCUUUACAGACUUAAAUGCUAAAAAUUAACAAGUUCACAUAAUUUUUGCUUUAUUCUUUCUCAAAGAUCUUGUUCGAUUUUCAUUUAAUGUCUUGUCUUUUCUUUUGUGUUCUGUUAUAUUUCUGUUUGCAUAAUAUGUAUGUAUUUCCUUUUGUGUGCUGCUGUUCGAAAAACCUAAGAAACAAAUGGAAAUGGAAUCGAUAUAUACAUAUAUAUAUUUGGUAUAUAUAUAUAUACAUAGAGAACAUUCAAAUCAGGCAACGCAGCAAAAAGCAUAAUUUUGUUGGUGUGUGUUCUUUCUUUUUGUUGUUGCUGGACUUCUCGAAACUUUCUUUUGGGAUUUAUGUAGAUAUAUUUUGUAUUUUUUUGUUUUUAUUUUUGUUUCCUUCAGUUGCAGUAACUUGUUUUGCAAACGUUUUGUGGUGUUAUUAUUACUCUGUUUUAUUACAUCUCAAUUGCAUAUAAUAAUUUGAAGUAUCUGUUUUGCUCUUUCAUAUACUAUACUCGUAUUCCAUUUAAAUGUUUAAAUGUUAGUUUAGAAUCUCUUCCCGCCUCCGUGUCUGGUAAAGCAAAGCUCAAUGAUAUGAUUCACGCUGCCAAUUCAUGUCUUUAUUAUGUCGUUAUCUUUUCUUUUUUAUAUCCGAGUAUUAUCAAUUUCAGCGUGGUUUUUCAUAUUUUGUUUCUCUGUGAAUGUGAAUGUGCUCAAAUGCGUAUUGGAGUUUCUCAAACUUUGUAUUAUAUUUAUUUAUUUUUGAAUUUUGUUGAAAAGUUUUUCGAUCUGUCAUGGAUUGGAUUGCAGUGAUAAACGAAUAAAAUGGAGCUCUGAGAGUUGGAAUAUCGAAUCUAAAUUAUGUACGUGUCUGAGAUUAUUCAACUUGUUGGAGAAUUGCAUUUUGUUUUCUUUUUAUUCUCUGGUUGGUUUCCUUUCCUCCAUUUUUUUUUAAAUUACGGUACAACGGCAAGUGUUUUGUUAUUUGUCUUUGGUUUUUUUUUCUUUCUUUGUUUUAUAAAUUAAAAUUAGUUAAGUUUAUCUACAUAUUCUCACGCUUUUCUCAUUAUUUUUUUU